AUGUCUCAGAUUCAGCAGGCGGUGGACAUAGCUAACUCCUCCAGUGCUUCAGGGGAGUUAAAGAAGCAGGCGCUUGAUUUUUUGCAUCAGCUGAAAAGUUCAGGAGAAGCAGUGAAUGUUUUUUCGCAAUAUUUGCAUGAUUCUAGCGCGAGCGAUGUUGGACGAUUUUUUGCGUUGCAGGUUUUGAGCGAGCAGGCGCAGGCAGCAUCAGCUGGGGCGAACCAAGAGACGUUGUUUGCAUUGAGACAAACGGGGUUGGAGUUUCUGCGAAAACAGCUUGAGGCUGGGGCCGGUGACGGCAAUAGUAGCAUAAACAGUAGUAACAAUAACAAUAAUAGUAGUAAUAAUAAUAGCAUCAACAACAACAACAGCAUUAACGGCUCAGAAAAUGGGACCAACAGUAGUAAUAGUACAGCAGCGGCUGGGCAAAAAGCAGCUGCGCCAGAGUUCAUUCGUAAUAAGGUGGCAGAAUUAUUUGCACAUUUGUUUUACAACAUGUACGGAGAGGUUAAUAACAAUUUGUGGUCUACGUUCUUUGGAGAUUUGGUUCAGCUUACUGGGAUAGCUCCUUUGCGCGAGUGCAAGAGUGCGGAUGGAGGAGUGAGUUUCAACGCUUUGGGAUUGGACUAUUUCUUGAGAAUAUGCGCAUCUAUCAAUACGGAGAUUGGUGACCAAGCAUUUGUCAGGUCCAAGGAGAUGCAAGCCAAGAACAAUGACUUGAAGGACUACAUGCGUAUUCAGGACGUCGAGUGCCUAACUAACAUCUGGUUUGGGGCGCUUCUCAGCUGCCAGAAGUUUCCUGUGCUUGCGUCUUUGGUGCUUCAGUGUGUCGGGUCGUACAUUUCUUGGAUCGACAUCAACUUAAUCGUGCAACCGCAAUACAUCACUACCAUUUACGAGUACUUGCAAUUCCCACACACAAAAUUGGCAUGUGGCCAGUGUCUUUGCGAAAUUAUAUCGAAGAAGAUGAAGCCCGCAGACAAGUUGCAGUUGUUGAGCAUGCUCAACCUUACGGACCGUGUUCUAGCCACAGAAAACGACGAUGACCUGGAGUUGUACGAGCAAAUGGCGAAAUUGACCAACUGUGUGGCCUUGGAGUUUUCUAUGAUUAUAGAUCAAUGUACUGAUUCCCAGGAGUUGCAGUCGGUUUCUUCUGCUGCAGAUGAACAAAUCAUCAACGUCAUGGCACCAUUAUUGUUGAAGUUCAUGGCCCAUCAAUACGACUCUGUCACUCAACAAUGCUUCCCCUUCGUGACCCACUACUUGGCUGUAAUGAAAAAGCUAUUUUCAGUGGGUGGGAAACCUGGCAGUGCAGUAGCUGUGAAUUCGAAAAGGAUUCCAAUUGACCCUGCACAUCUGAACUUUCUCAAAUCUUUAGGAACAGUUUGCAUUAUGAAAAUGAAGAUCGACGAGUCCUGCGAUGUCACGGAUGAUUCAGAGGAGAUUGACGAGUUUGUUGGGAACGUACGUUCAAAAUUGAAAGUUUUCCAAGACACAAUCGCCGUUAUCAACCCGGAAGUCUAUUUUGAGAUCAUAUCGAUGAACAUUGAGCAGUCCAUCACUGAGCAACAGGACUGGAGGGUGUUGGAGCUGGCAAUUUACCAACUUCAUAACUUCGCUGAGUCUAUUAGGAAUAACCUUUUCGGUGUCAACAAGACCGAUAUUGCCACUUCGAAACCGGCCCAGGUCAUGGAAAAAUACAUGAACACCCUUUUGAACCACCCAACGCUAUUCCAGAUGAACAAUCCAUUGAUUCAGAUUUCGUUUUUUGAACUCAUCGUUAGGCAUAACAAUUUCAUUCAGAUAGACAACAAAGACUUGACAUUGCUCAACAUCUUUUGCACGCCAUUCAGUAUGUUCAGCGGAAACGAGCGCGUCAGACUGAGAACAUGGUAUUUAUUCACUAGACUUAUCAAGACCAGCAAGCCAAAAUUAACGACUGAAGUGCUCUCCUUGCUGCUAUCCAAGAUCUCACCUCUUCUAUCUAUCAAAAUUAGCCCAGUAGCUGAAGAGCUGGAUACUACUUUUGAUAGUCAAUUAUACCUGUUUGAGGGUGUAGGUGUUCUCAUUGGGGCCAACAGCAGUGCCGAAUACGACAUACUGGACGCUGUCUUGACACCCUUAUUUUCGGAUCUUGAACAAUGCAUAUCAGCGCAAGUGAAGAGUCCUCAAGUAGUGUUACAGACCCAUCACAUACUGAUGGCAAUUGGUACCUUAGCACGCGGUGUACAUAGUGGACUAGUCCCAGACAACCAAGUCAACAACGCGAAGGUAAGCGAAAAGGUUAUUGUUAAGAGUUUAAUCGAAAAGUUCAGCAAUAUUGCAGAGGUGAUAUUGGUGACAUUUUCGUACUUCAACAAAUUUGAAGCGAUCAGAGACGCGGCAAGGUUCUCCUUUGCAAGACUAAUACCCAUUUUGAACAACCAGAUAAUUCCAUUUGCAAGCCGUUUAAUAUCUAUCUUCUUGAAUUCAGAUCUUAAGACGUUGGAAAUGAGUGAUUUCUUGGGGUUCUUGGGUCAAAUGGUACACAUGUUCAAGGAUGACGAUAACUGCUACCAGCUCUUCAACAACUUGUUCACCCCUGUGGUGAGCAAAGUGUUCACGUUAGAGACGCAGUUGGAGCAAGAGUCCUCGACGCCUCCAGAAACCAAACCUUCCAAUGGCAAAAGCGUCAUCGUCACUGACUCGUUCAGAGACAAAAUCAACUUGAAGAAGGCGUACUACAGUUUCUUGAUGGCAAUGGUCUCCAACCACUGCACGUCGCUUCUAUUGACCGAGAGCAACAAAAAUAUACUACCAAACGUCCUCAACGAUCUCCUAACAUACACUCCAGAAGAAAUACACGAAACCUCCACAAUGAGACUCUGUCUAAACGUAUUGGUGAACUUCGUCAAGUUCUUCGGCACAGGCGUAUGCAAGGACGAACAAGACAGAAACGCAAUCAACAUCUCCAAGCUGGACGGACUAAACGAGUUCUUCAUCACAAAAUGCAUCCCACUGCUUUUCGAAAUUCCAUUCAAACCGGAAUACGCCUUCAACAUCCAAGACGGUGGCGGAAGAGUCAUUGCAUGCGACCUAUCUCAACUACUCAAAACACUAUACAUGAUUAAUUACAACCGUGACGCUCCAAACGACAACCCAUGCAUCAGAUACUUGACCGAAGUCUACUUCCCACAAAUCCAGUUCCCACAGGCAUUGAUCACAGAAUUCAUCGAUGUCCUCGAAGAUCUGGACUACAAGAACUUUGAAAAGUACUUUGUUCAAUUCAUCUCAAACAUGAAGCACUAG